AAAACAAAAAGUGAUAAAAUUAGUUUUUUGUUGGAAGUCUGCACCUGCAGCUAAAUUAAAAAUGAUCGAAAUAACAGCAAAAUUAAUCCGUGACCAAAGUGCCGUUUUUCUGUGCGGCGAAGUGGUCGAGUGCUUGAUAACGUUCACGAAUCCCACCCUUCCGGAGCACCGAAUAUCGCAGAGCAACUGUGACAUCCUGGAAAAUCUAGCCUGGGCCACGGUGCAGAUCCACUGCUACUGCAACUCCACCAUUCAGGAACGCGGAGGAUCGUCGGUUCCAGUGGACGCGCCCAACUCAAUCGUCAAGAACGUCAGCGGAUCGACGUCGCUGGAUGCCAGCAAUCAGCUGAAGGGCGAGGUUCUCAAGUCGACCGAGCCGAAAAUCCUGUUCUGCGAUCUGCGCCUUUCGCCGGGCGAGAUGCGGCAAUUCAUGUUCCGUGAGACCUUGUCGGUGAACACUCCGCCAACGUAUCGUGGCGUGAUGGUCAAGUAUUACUACAAAAUUACGGUGGCCACACAGAGGGUUGGGUCGACCGUGCAGGCAUUACACAUUCCGAUUCGGGUGCUUCCGUUGCCUCCGGUCAAUUGCAGCGAUGAAGCGGUCACGCUGAACGACGAAUCCAACGAAGAUCUGGCCCCGAACAAUCCCUUCCUGGAGAAGAAGAAAGCCCCGUCGAAGAUUGAGUACGCGCUGCAUUAUCUGCAGAACAUUACCGCGCGUAGAAGACCAAACUUUUAUCUCAUUUCGAACAAACGUGGCAAAGUGGGUCGAUUCUGUCUGUUCAAACCGAUCUACAAACUGGGCGAAGACAUUGUCGGCACGCUGGACUUUAGCUGCGGCACGGUUCGGUGCGUACAACUGUCGGUCACGCUACAGUGCGAGGAAAUUGUCCGCAAGAGGGCAACGGAAUCGACUUCGGACGCGCCAAUUGGUCGAAUAACGAACUUCACCAAGCACCACGAGGUGUGUCUUGGGCUGCUCCAGACGCAGAUGAUUCUGCCGAUUCCGCUGUACGUCAGUCCCACCUUCCAGACGGACCUGGUGGACGUGAGGUGGCGGCUGCACUUCCAGUUCGUAACCAGCACCAACGACGAGCUGAACAUGGAAAUCGACCGGGACACGCUCGAGUGGCACGCCCCGACCGACAUCAGCAUCGAAACGAUGAUCUGGAACUUGCCCGUGACGCUGUACCCGACGGCACCGGUUCAGAUCCCACAAGCCAGCGGACUGUACACACUGAACAUCAAGUAGAGGGAGAAAGGGACAAUUUGUUUAAUACGUACUAAAUUAUGCAUGUUCAAUAAACUAAUGUUACAAACAA